ACUUGCGCUGGGUCCAGUAUGACAAUUCUUGAAAGCGGAAAGUUCUGAACUCAUCUUAUUUUACGUUUAAUGGUUGCAAACCACAACUAUGCGUUAUGUUUGUAAAACCGCUUUUCGCAGCUUUGCACACAAAACCUAGCAAGUGAUGCGUGAUAAUUCGGUAGAUGUUGCUGUUAGUGUGCAUCAUGGGCAACAUCAAGAUUCUCGAACAGAUCAAGAGCUCUUUGCUGAGGAGGACGCGGUCCUACCGGAAACUACACUUUUUUGAACUUGCUUCGUACAAUGAGUCGAAAGGAAAGUAGGCUAUACAAGAAGAAAGCUCUAAUAAAGAGCUGAAACAUUUUUAGUUCCAAAAAUAUUAUUAACGUCACGAGAAAGUGGACGGCGAAAAGAAGAUUAAUGACCUUAGAUUCUGGACGAUAAGCAGGACAAGUGUUUCAGAGAAAAUAACGGAUCAUUCUUUUUUAUCAUGGAAGAUGGUGUGAAAGGAGCCACGUCGGAGCCAGGGAAGGUGGGGUGGGUGAAGAAAUCCUCAGGGAAGCUACUGGGGAGCUACAAGGAACGCUACAUCAAGGUGGAGAAGACAGAGAUGGUGGUGUUCAAAAAUCAGGAGUUACAGACCUGCUUAGAGAGAGUGGAUCUUGAGAAGUAUGAUAAAUGCCUUGAGUUGCGGAGUACCUUCAAAAAGAAGAGCCGGCUGGUGCUGAUCCAGGCCCCCAACUGUGGGAGUAAGGUCCAUAAUGUCAAGCUUCAGGUGGAGAAUUCUGAGGAGAAGGAGGCAUGGAUCAAGGCCCUCAAUGAUGCCAUCAACAGAGCUAAAAACAAGAUCUUUGAUGAGGUGAAGGUAGAUGAAAGCUGUUCUUUAGACCAUGUGACUCAGUCUCGUCCCCGAGGAAACCGCAGCCGUAGGCCACCUACCAGAAUUCACUUGAAGGAGGUUGCCAGUGCUUCCUCUGAUGGUAUCCUAAGGCUUGACCUGGAUACAGCUGAACACACUCCCAAUGGGACCCAUGAACUGAGUGCAGCCACAGUUGAGGUCACUGACAUUAAGACAGACCAUGUACCGAAGCCACCCGUGGCCCUGUUGCAGCCCAGUGAGGGCCUCCAGGAGACACUCAGCGAGGAGGGGAUGACUGACCCCAUACCUCCGCUGAAGGAGAGCAAACUCAGGGUACUGGAGGAGGAGGACACAUCGGCUGGGACCACUGCUGACAGUGGUUCAGAACCAGUGGCAACAGAAAAACCUACAGGUACACAGGAUCAUGCGGAGGACCAUCCCUUUGAAUUACCAUCGAAGUCACAGCUCAGCACCGCCUCUGAGCAAGUAAUGGGCAAGGAUGGCCUCAGUCCCACCCUCUCUGACACACCCAUCACACCACCAGUGGACAUGCCUACUUCACCCGUACUCCAACGGCAUGAGUCUGACCAACCUACCCCUGAACAGGAGCUGCCCUCUGAACAGGAGCUGCCCUCUGAACAUGAGGUGCCCUUUGAACAGGAGCUGCCCUCUGAACAGGAGAUGCCCUUUGAACAGGAAGUGGCCAACCCACUGCUGAAUGCACCUGAACCCCCAGCAUCCUUAUCCUAUAGGGCAGAGGUCCAGUUUGUUAUAGGCCCUGUCCAGCCUCUGGUCACUGAACCUGCAGAAUAUUCACCAGAAUUGCUUCCAGAAUCUCUUCCAGAACCUUCCUCAGAAUUUUCUCCAGAACAUGCUCCAACACCUGCUCCAGAAUCUCCUCCCUCUACGGAACCUGCUCCAGAAAGUUCUGGCCUGCCAGCGACCCCUAAUAUGAAGUCCCUGAAGGUCCUAGCUGUCAGUGAUCAGUCAUGUGACCACUGGGAGGGGUCAGUGCAGGAUCCAGCUUCCUCAGAAGAGACCAUUAUUCCUCUUGAGAGACUGGGGGUUCUGUCAGAGGAAAAAGGAUGUAGCCCCUCCAUGGGGCAAGAAGACAUUAAGUCUAAAGACAGUGGCCAGCGAUCUCAUGAUGGGGCUGACAGCUUGGAGGAGGAUGGGGCCGGGAGUCCACCUCACUCCAUCCCCACCCCCGUGGGGGACCUGAUGUCCAGCGAGGAGGAGCAGCGCCCCAACGUGGACGAGUUGCGCAGCCGUGUUGCACAUGAGCUGCAGACCACCCAGGAGCUUCUGGGAGAGGUGUGCCAAGGAGAAGGGCGAGGCCUGGUGCCAGAGGAUCUUCUGAUGAAGGCAGCCAAGAAAUUUCAGCUGGCCCAGCUCUGCCUGAGACAGGCCAGCACCCUCAAACUCUGUGAACCCCCCAGCAGGAAGGACAAGAGGACAAGCUGGUGACCACACAACACUCACACCCAAUCUCUCUCUCUCUGUCUCUCCCUCUCUCUCACACAUGCACACACACAGCAACACACUUGAGAAUGAACUCCCCACCACAAAAAAACACCAUGGCAACAUUUUCUAACCACUUCCUGUAAAAGUAACAUGCCAAUGAACAUGCAUUUUUUUAAACUUUUGCUAAAGUAAAGGUUUAACUGUAAAACAUAGGCCAUUGUUUAAAACAGCAAAUAAAGUAUGGGUCAUGUAUGUACUUCACACAUUUACGCAUAUUAUAACUUUGCUUCAAAAAUUGUACGUUAAUUAACAUUUGCACGAAAAGGAUACAUUGCAUUAGCAGAGCAGCUUUAUAUCUUUUAUGUUACUUCAGUUAUGUAGUAUCUUCUUAUCACAUGCAGAUUCAGAAACCUUGGUGCCUUUAAGUUGACCACCAUCAUGAUGAAUGCAGUCCUAUGGGGUGAAUUUAAAGGCAUUGACAGCAGCCUUUUCCCCCAGCCAGGCACUAGAGCAGCUGAUCUCCUGGAAGUGUUUGAUCAUUGCUAUUCUUCAGAAUGUUUUAUAAUACAGCUGAUAUUCAUGGUAUGUUGUAGUGUUGCUGAUAUUCAGGUCUAACUGAGCGCCAGACUGCUUUUGUUGUGCAGCUGAUUUCCUGGGUGUGUUGGACUGCAGCUAAUCUCCAGGGUUUUAUGGUAGUGCAGCAGACCUUUAGGGUGUUGUCCUUGUGCAGAUGCACAGUAGUUGAGCGAUCCUUCCUGUAUGAAACAGUGUUGUGUAAUACGGUACAUGUGGCCUCAUAUUAAUGUUUACGGUUUAAAUUAUUAACAAACUUCACAUGUGGGUUAGAGGUAAUACACAAGUACUUUUUUCUGAGUACUUCCUUUGUUCUCUGUGAAGUAGAACGGAUAUUUUAAAAUGUACAUUCUGUCGAGUAAAAACUUGAGACAAACCCACUUUCAGUGUUGGCCCAUGUCUAGUUAAAAAAGAGAAUGUAACCCACUUUAAGGAUAUUUAAGAUCAGUCUAGAAAGUUCAGUAAGUGUGGUUUAUCAUAUUGCACAUUUAACAAUGCCAUGCUUGCUUUAUUGCUCAAUCUGUGUGAGUGCAUUUGGUUACUUGCUGUUAUUUUAGGGUUCUUGUUUGUGAUUCAUUAGUCUAACAUACUGGUAGAGCUGAAAACGUCCAUUCACUGAUUUAAAAAAAUCUGUUAGGUAAAUAGUCUAAUCUGAUAUGAUCUUAUAUUGUGCACGAAGGUCAUAAAACUUAAAAAUGGAUGUAAAAAAGCUAAAUAUAAAAGAUGUAUAUGUAUUUGUAAUGUUGUAGUAUUGCUGUGCAAUAUGUUUGGAAUCUUACUAAUGAUAAAUUUGGGUCCAGUGCUAUGUAAACAUGUAUUAAUAAAGAGGUUUUAUCUCUAUAGUAAAAUA